UAUCUCCCUCUACCUUAUAAGAAAACAACAUAAGGCCUUUGUUUCCCGACACGUGGCAUGGUUGUUUGCUCUCCAUUUCAGUCAAAACGGCAGCGUUUUGAACCCUUAUUUUUUAGCUGCGUUUUAGUUCCCCUUUGCCAAUUGAAGGGCCGCCUUGACGCGCACGUGUGCGUUUGAGGCUCCAUUUUUCUUUCUUUUCAAAAACGACACUGUUUAAUUGCUUUGGAAAAAAGUGAAAAAAAAAUAUCGAUUGAAAUUUGUUCAGGGGCUCAUUUCGAUUCAUUGAUUAUCGUCUUCGCUACUUUGGACUACGUCCGUCUUCUAUUCGAUCGGCUCCGUUCACUGUGUUCCGUUGCUUUGAAUUUAGGCUCCAUUGUUUUUGGGUUGGGGUUCUUGUUUGCUUUUCUCGUUUAUUUUCGUUUUAAUUUUAUUUCGAAUUGAUUGUUCAAUAAGCCCGUUUUUUGUUGUAAAUUGGUGUUUAUUUUAAAAUUCUUUAUGUAUUUCUUCUUGAAAGGAAGAAAACUCCUGCGUGCUAUUUCUUGUUUUAUUUUCGGUGAUGGCAUUUUUUGGCUGAUUGCUAGCGGUAUGGGGGUUCUAUAAGUCUAUGUGCUGAAUUUCCGCCGUUAAUUGCUGAGGAUGGGAAGGAAAAAUCUUUUGAGUCUGCAGUUUAGUGGGUGUUUGUUUGUUGGAAUUUGUUGCUUCUGCUGCAGGCUGUUUUGAUAUGAAGGAUACGCUGUCAAUCAAGGAAAUUCAGCCUCAUGUUAGGAGGUGGACAGCAUUGGUUCAGGUGGUUCAGAAGGGCCACGUUGCUGUGAGCCAAAAUGAUUCGUCCAUCUCCUACUGCCGCUUUCUUUUUGUAGAUGCUGAGGGAACAAAGGUUUCUGCGGUCGCAUACAAUAACAACAUAAGAACGAAUGCCGCCCUUUUGGUUCCAUUUAAAUGGUGCUAUGUUUCAGGCGCCACAGUAAAAAAGGUUGACAAGAAAUAUCUGGUUGGUGAUUAUAGCUAUUCUUGGACAGUCAACAGCAACACUUUAAUCCAACCUUGUGAAGAAAAAAUGCCUGCCCAACUGGUUUUCUCUGUGGACCUGCAGGAGUACAAAAAACUCCACUCUUUUGCUGACUCUGAUAAUUUACAGAAUGUGCUGGGUGUAGUCGUGCACUCUUUCCCAUCUAGACAGAUUGGUGAAGACUCGAUCGCUAGAGAAAUAAUCCUUGUCAAUGAGGAAAAAAUACCGAUCAUGUUCACUCUUUGGAAUGAUUUUGCUACCACUGAAGGAUCGCAACUUGCAAAUAGCAUUCACUCAGCAAAUGUUGUUUUGGCUCUGAGAGUUAAAGUCACAACGUUUAAUGUAAUUUCUAUGUCCACUAGAGCUCCAAGCGCUAUAUUAAUUAAUCCUCCAAUGGCUGCAGCAGAUGAGCUUAAGCAAUGGUAUUCCCAACACAAAAAUGAAAUUGAUGAUAUGAUUGGAAGGGCUGCGUACAAAGACACCACUAUCCUGCUUCCUUAUCCAUCAACAGACAACGUUCUCUCGGUGCACACCAUGCUUAGUGGCGUUAAUAAUGUUCGAGCAGCAUGGAUUAAGGGUUGUGUCACUCUGCCACAUAUUCAACAGUCGCUGUGGUUUAGUGCGUGUGCCAGCUGCCAUAAGAAAUUUGACUUGCAAACAAGCUCAGCCAUUAGGUGCAGCUCUUGCAGUCAAAACAGCAUGAUAGAAGCUAGAGCUAGGAUCCCUUUGGAAAUCGCUGAUGGCACUGGAAUACUUUCGGCUGUAGUGUACGGAGAGGAUGCGGAAAGACUUAUUGCUUACACAGCACAACAGCUUAUGGCAGCAGAAGAUAAGGGUGCUGAUUUGGUAGCAACGAUUCGCUCUGGCAUAUGCGGAAAAAAUGUUUUAUGCUUUGUGAGGCUCUUUCAAGCUACUGGGCCCACGUACUCGGUUGUCAAACUUUAUACAGAUGGGGAUGUAGCGACCCACGAGCUGCACCCUUCAUCUUCUCAUGCCAACAUUGCAGAAAUGAAUAAACCUUUAGAUGCGAAUGACAAAGGCGUGGAGCUGGAUAACAUAGAGGCUGAGGAUGAAGUGGAAACCCAGUUGUUUACGCCGUCAACUAAAGCAUGCCUAGAAGCUAUUCUUGAUGAGCCUACAACCAUGUCUACACCAAAGGAAUCCAAGUCAGCCGCCGUUUGUUCUCUCCUCUUUGAGAAUCCUGAAACUACUGCAGAAUCUUUGGUUGCUACAGACACACACAAUGCUCCUGAUCCAAGCAAAUUGGGCCAACUUUGUUUGCUAGGGACAUUAUACUGGAGAAUACCAAUACUACUCACCCUUUGGAAUAAAUUUGCUCAAAGGGAGGGAAACCAACUAGCAAACAACAUAGAUCAAGCAAAUGUCAUAAUUGCCAUGAGAGUUAAAGUGACAACAUUAAACGGCAUAUCAUUGUCAACAAGAUCCCACAGCGCUGUGCUCAUUAAUCCACCAACAGCUGAAGCAAACAGUCUAAAACAAUGGUAUAUACAAAACCAAUCUGAAGUGGCACACCUCGUUUCAACCAAGGCGUAUAGAAACACAUCCGUCCUGCUGCCCCAUCCAAAGCCAGGAAACAUAGUCACAAUUCGCACACUACUGGAGGACAAGAACGAUCUGCCUACUGCAUGGAUACAAGGUUUCAUUCGCUUAUCGAACAUUCGGGAACCCCUUGCGGUUUCUGUAUGUCUCAAGUGUGAAAAUAAAAUUGAAGACCUACCGAGAACAGAAACUACUUGCAUCUAUUGUAACCAUGAUGGGUUGGUUCAAACAAGAUUGCAAAUUCCUCUCGACAUAACUGAUGUCACUGGAGCAAUAUCAACAAUUGUCUCCGGAAAUGAUGCAGAAGCACUCAUCAAUGGCAAAGUUGAACAGCUCCGCUUAAGAAAUACAAAGGGGACAGACUUCAUUGAGGAGAUCCGCUCUUACAUCUAUGGAAAAAGUGUUGUGUGUUUUAUACAGAAAUUCCAAUGCCCUGUGCCAAUUUACUCAGUCUUCAAGCUAUACAUAGAUGAGGAACAAAUUGAUUUGCAAACACUUGAUGUAAAGAAUAACAUGAACAACCCAAGUACUGGCGAUGGUAUUGAACUAAUUGCAGAAGAUGCGGAAGAAACAAAGCAUGUUGCAAAAAAUCAAAUCCGCACCAACCAUCCUCAAAUGGAUAAUCAGACACAAAAGGAGGUUCAUAUGUCCAGCACAUUUGAACCCUACCAUUCAACAGGCUUACAACGCUCUCGCAACAACACAUGCUUUGUACUACCUCAGCCACAAACGGAUAUUCUCAGUGCAUCAUCUCCAAGCAUGUACAAAAAAAAAGACAAUCCAGUCAAGCCAUUUCAAGAACCAUGCAGAAAUGCCUAAUCACCAUGUGUUGUCUUAUGUGGCUGUUAUGUUGCUACCGUAAGUAUUUGCAAUUAACCGGCUACAACAGACCAUUUGUACAUUUUCUUUUGUUCGAAUCUAUGUUCAUCUUUUGCCAGGCUUAUUUUGAAACUCUGGGUGUACUUAUUUUAAAGGCCGAAAAAUUGCGGAUAUAAUAUUAAAACUUAAUGGUUAAAAGACCCCAAUU